GGUGAUUAGUUCAGUAUAACAGUGUAGUUCUCUUCGUGUGUUUGUCAUCAGCAGACCACUUUAAUAAAAUAUUAAUUUUUUUCGCAUAAUAUCUUAUAAAACAAUACAAGUUGAAAAUGGUCUCUGCAAAAUUUUUGUUGAUCGUUGGAGCAGUAGCUAUCGCACAAAUCAAUGCUAAGCCUGCCGAAAGCAGUGAUUGGUCACUUCCAUUUGAAAAAAGCUUCCAAGACAUUGCUAAACAAAUCAAAGAUGUAGUUACUGGCUCAAAUACUGAACUCAUUGAAGCAGCUAAAACAAAUUUGAACAAAUUCCAAGACCAAUUCAGAUCUGGACUCGCUUCAUUAUCUGAUACGAUCGAAAAGAAAACUGGAGAAUCUGAGGUGUUGAAAGAUGCUGUUAAACAAUGGAAAAAGGCCGUUGACACCUACAACCACAGUGUUCCUGCUGACCUUACUGCUGACAAGCUCAACGAAAAAUACGAAAAGACUUUGAAAUACAUUAAGGAACAAGCUAACGAUGUUUACAAGAAAGCUCAAGGAAACUCUGAAGUCGAAAAAGAUAUUAGAGAUUUCACCAAAAAGCAACUUGACUACUUGAUCGAUAAUCUUAAAACCGUCCAAACCAAAGUAGCUGCUGCAACCAAAACUAACUAAAACAAUGCUAAACAAACCCGGUAAUUAAUGAAAAAAAUAUUAUGUGAUCAUCAACAGUUAACUACUAAUGUACCAAAUCAAUUUUUAAUUUUAAAAAAUUGAUAAUUUAUUUAUUUUCAUAGAAAUAAAACACAUUUGAAUAAAUAUA